UGCAUCCACUGAACAACGACAAUGGACUAUCGGCUCGGUUUUAACUAAGCUUCAAUAAUCAAUAAAACUUGCAUACAACAUGAAAAACUGUCUUCUCUCUGUCUCUUAAUUAUAUAACAGUCCAUUAAAGUAAAGCUUCUUCCUCAUUAAGAUAUGGCAAGUUCCGGUACUUGUACAUCAUCUUUAACAAACCCAGAAUUCCCUUCUAUUUUCUCUUCCCAUAGGAGAAAAGCAAGGAGCAUCAUGCCACCAUCACAAGUCCCUGUUCAUAAAGUCCAUGGCUUUGCAAUUUCCCUUGGCAUUCCAAAACUUUCAAGCUUUAAAUCGAAUGGGUUUUUCGUAAAUUCUUUUUCAAGUGAUAAUUCAUUUGACAAUAAUCAAGUCGGUGUAAAGAAUAGUUCAUCAGAUGACACAGCCAAAGAACCUCACGUUCAAAGCAGUACAUGGAACUGGAAAGGUUAUUCUAUUCGCUAUCAGUAUUCUGGGAACAGUGGCCCUGCUCUAGUUUUAGUUCAUGGUUUUGGAGCAAACAGUGACCAUUGGAGGAAAAAUAUUCCUGUUCUUGCAAAAUCGCAUAGAGUAUACUCAAUUGAUCUUAUUGGUUAUGGAUACUCAGAAAAACCUAAUCCUCGUGAAUUUGGAGAUAACUCCUUCUAUACAUUUGAGAGAUGGGGCACCCAGCUAAAUGACUUUUGCAUUGACAUCGUUAAAGACAAAGCCUUUUUUAUAUGCAAUUCAAUAGGAGGACUAGUUGGUCUCCGGGCAGCAGUUAUGGAGCCACAGAUCUGCAGAGGCAUGGUCCUGUUAAAUAUAUCUUUGCGCAUGCUUCAUGUUAAAAAGCAGCCAUGGUUUGGAAGACCCUUUAUCAGAUCAUUUCAGAGUUUGCUGCGGAAUACAGCUUUGGGACAACUGUUUUUCAAGUCAGUUGCCACAUCAGAGUCCGUGAGGAGCAUUCUUUGUCAGUGUUAUCAUGACAGCUCUCAAGUGACAGAGGAGCUUGUUCAGAAGAUUCUUCUUCCAGGACUUGAGCCUGGUGCAGUGGAUGUAUUUCUUGAUUUCAUUUGUUACUCUGGGGGGCCUCUUCCGGAGGAACUGCUACCUCAGGUGAAGUGCCCUGUUUUGAUAGCCUGGGGUGACAAGGAUCCAUGGGAGCCAAUUGAGCUAGGCAGAAUCUAUGGGACUUUUGAUACUGUUGAGGAUUUUGUUGUCCUCCCAAACGUUGGCCAUUGUCCACAGGAUGAAGCGCCUCAUCUUGUGAACCCGCUUGUUGAGUCUUUUGUGGCACGUAAUUCUACAGCAAGAGCUACUGCUUCUACUGUAGCCUGAUUUAAUGGCAGGUCAAAUUCAAUGCUUCUCCUAAAUCAACCUUGGACCAUGAUAUUCGUUCUGAAAACAGUUACUAACAAAACAGAAUAUUUUUGGUUUAAUAUUCCAGAAAUGUUACACCUCAUUCAGGCCUGCAUUGCCCAAGAGCUGCCACUUUAUUAUAUCACUUGUGUUAUCUCUGUAGCUCAACAUUAGCAGAUCUCAUUUCUUCCUGUUCAUACCAAUGUUGUAAACUGGAUCUCUGCAGUGAGAAAUUACUGUUUUUGGAGGUAUGUAUUCUCUAGUCAAAUAAUUGGGAUAUCGCAACUGUUCAUCGGGACUUGAUAGUUAAGAAGCCUACAAAUAGAGUAUACAGGCUAAAGUAUAGUUGUCAUUUCAUGCCCUGGUUGCAUGAACUGUCUAAUUAUCUCAUAGAUUAGUAUGCAAAACAGUCUUAUCAUUCAUCUCCAGAACUCGUGGAUUUACCGUAUUCCAAGUUGUAACAGUUUCAUUUUCAAGCAUUAAAUUAUUUGUGCCUUGACUA